UCCUGCCAGUGGAAGCUGAUGUUGGGAAAUAGAACCACAAUGUACUUUUCGAAGGAAUACUCAUCCUGACUUAAGGUGUGGUUUAGGCUGACUAUUGCGCCAAAGAAUUGUCGGUUCCCUGAAAGUGAAAGUGACUCAGAGUACUUAUCGGGAGAUCAGGAUGGAGAUGCACACAGUUACCCCGAGAUGAGCGCGCCUUUCACGCUUCGUGGAAAGCCAUGUGAGCCAAUGCUCCAAAGCCUGUGGGACUCUGUGAGGAGUGAACACGAGGGGGUUCUACUCUCCCCUUACCUGCCCGCGUUCUGCGCUCUUCUAACCCACGUCACGUUUUGCGUACCUUUCCUGGUGCUGGACCUCUUCGGAGGCGGCGAGCGGCUCCGCGCGUGGAGGAUCUCCUCGGAGGCGCCACCGCCGCCUCUGCGCACGUGGCUGGCGUGUCUGUGGAAGAUCGCGGUCCAAUACCUGACCGUCGUGCUCCCCGUCACCGCGCUCCUCCAGAAACCGACGGGUCCCGCUCAGCUCCCCGAGUCGUCUCCAACCAACUGGCAGAUUUUCGUGGACGUCUUUGCCUGUUUGCUGCUUUUUGACACGCUCUUUUUCUUUUUGCACCUCUGCCUUCACAGGGUCCCUUGGCUCUACCGCAACAUCCACCAACAGCACCACCAGCACCAGGUGCCCUUCGCCCUGCAGGCCCAAGAUGCCAGCACCCCCGAGCUGCUCUCCCUGCUGCUGCUAGCACGUUUCAGUGCCUGGUUCGUGAACUGUCACCCCCUGAGUGAGGUCCUCUUCCACAUUCUCAACACCUGGCUGGCGGUGGAGGACCACUCUGGCUACAACCUGCCCUGGGCUCUACACAGACUGCUGCCUUUUUUAGGAGGAGCCCCCCACCACCACACUCACCAUAGUCGGCACAAUGUCAACUUUGCACCCUAUUUCACCCACUGGGACCAGCUCUUCGGCACAUACAGCGGAGAGUGAGGGUGUAUUCAUGUUUCAUCUGUGGGGCUGACAUUUCAGUUUUAGGGCACGUGAUUUUUUCAAAAUGUCCAUCUAUCCAUCCAUCAUAUUUCUACUCCUCAUCCCGUACAGGGUCGUAGGUGUGAGAUUGUAAACCCUGGACUGGUCGCCAGUCAGGCCAAAUAGAGCAAGCAAUCAUCCACACCUCUGGAUAAUUUAUUUUGUUCAAUUCACCUAAUUUGUAUGUUUGUGUAAUGUGGAAGGAAACUAGAACCCUAACUUUGGAUUGUGACCUGCACCCUCAUGAGCCCCAAUGCUGCUCAUUUUUUAUUUAUUGUAUAAUAAAUAAAAGAACUGUUUUUUUUCAUAGCAACAAAAUGUAUAUAUUCGAUGUGUAUAUGUGGCCAUUUAAAAUGAUAAUUGCAUCUAAAAGAGCAAUAAACAGUAUGAGAUUUCUUUGAA